AUAGUGUCUACUCAGCUCCAAUUUCAAUCAAUAGUGUGUAAUACCAUUCCUUACUGUGUAACCAUGUACAAUAAAGCUUUUAUUACGUAACAAAAAUGAACAAACCUUUCGAAAAAUUAUCUACGUGGAUUUCAUUAUCACAUAUGUGGCCACGAUAAUUUAUUAAAUACUAGGGACAAGGACAGAACGGGCUUCUAGCAUAAGUACAUUCCUCUUUGACAUCCACAACUUAAGUCAUCACCAUGGCAAAGGAAAUGAUGAUCGUCUUCAUUUAUGAUACUUCACGGUGUCGUAAAGAAGAAGAUGAUCCAGCUGAAGCAGUAAUGUAUUUUCAUCCAGCAUGGGUAUCUCCAGUUCAACGUUUGGCAUUGGCUGGACAGCUAAUGGGAGUUCAUCAUUUUCUCAGUACUUGUUUCUCACCUCCAAAACUUAUAUCCCUUCAAGGAGGCAAAUUUGUUAUUAAAAAAUUUGGCCAUUAUAUCAUCGCUGUUGGAACAGAUCGAAAUAUUCAAGAUUGGAUUUUAGAAAGACGUGCAAACUAUUUGGAAUCAGUUUUAAAGUUUUUCCAUUGUGAUUUAGAGACUAUUUCUCAAUCGUUAAAUAAUGAUCGUAAUAAAUUUACCGAGAAGCUUUACCAAAUGCUUGAAACCUACUUACCAAUUCUUCAGUAUAGUGCAAGUUUAUUUUGCAAUAUGCCAAUGAUAAAGCUACCAAGUACGGCGAGUAACGUCUUCCUAGAAUCCAUGCAAAUUCUUCAAUAUUGCCAAGAAAUGCCAGGUAUCCUUGGUGGUACAAUGUUCUACAGUAACAAAGUGAUAGCGACUCAGUUGAGUCCUGAAUUAACAAAGCAAUUAGUGAUAACUGACCCAUAUAGAAUAAAAGCACCAGCAGAUAGAAUCUCAACUGAUUUUCACCUGCCUGUAGGUGUUCAACUGUUACGUGUUUAUAUUCAACGUAAACAUUCUUUUGAGUUACCUGAAGAACCCAAUGUUAAAGUGAAUAACAUGAGUCACUUGGAUUUGCUUGGAAAAAAAUAUAAAAAGUCUUCCCUUCCUGUUUCUGGAUUAACCAGAGACACGUCUAGAAUCUUUACUGUCCCUGAAGAAGGAGAACCUGAGCAUUCAACGAAUAUUGAAUUUUCUCAGCCUCUUAAAUGCCCUAUAUUACCGACAUCAUCAACAGCUUCUUCAGUGAAUUUUGAAAAAAAACAAGAAUUUAAACCAAAGUAUUCAAAUCCACUGACUCCAAGUGUUUGCUCUACACCGUUAAAAGAUGUUAAUAGAAUUCUUCUUGGCAAUGCUCUGUCAAUUUGUAGUGGAAAUGAUGAAAUUGAAAAACCAGAAAAACAAACGAAAAUCCAAAACGAUGCUAUAGACGAUAUUCCUGAUGUAGUGAAAGAGGCUCUGAGAUGCAAACGUUUGAAUAAAUUAAGAAGUGUUGCUAAAGAAAAAUUAGAAAAAAAUCGUCGGAAAACAUGGAAACAACGAAGUUCUAGUCUGAGUGAUUUAGAUGAGAUCCAGGACGCAUCAGGAAGAUUUUCUGUUGGUUUGACUUAUAGUUUUAAUUCAUCAAAACCUGCUUUUGAGUCACCAGACACGGAUAAUACAAAAAAGCUUAUUAAAAAACGAGCUUUUAACACUAUAACAGAUCCAUGUUAUCCAGUAUUUAAAGCUGAUGGUUCGUUAAUAUCUCAGACACUUUACGAUUAUUAUAUUUGGCAUUUUCAUGAACUAGUGCAAGAUCAAAAUGUAAAUUCGCCUAGAUUGCCAAAGUAUAUAAAUAUGGAUGAUUGUUCCUCAAAACAAAUUCAAAAAAAUGAUAAUAGUAGCCAUAUCGAAGGAUUCAAUAGUGUGAUAAAUACAGAACUUCCAGAGUCGCAUUCCAAUCCUCUGGAUGUUAGAAUAAAUCCAAAAACUCGUCAAGAAACUUAUAGAAGAUCAAUGAGCUUACCUUUAAAAAGCUUGAAUGCACCAGCAGGUGACGAUGAUCGUAGGAAAUCAACUUCUGAAUGUGUAUCUUUUGAUCUACCACCAAGACGAAAACUUGACGGUCUCCCGCUGACGCCUUUGAUGUCCAAAUUGAGUCUACUUGCUACAGAUGAACGAACUAGUGGAUUUUGUAGUAAAGAAACAACUCCUAGCGAGUUCUAUGAUUUAUCUACUAUUUCUAGUAAAAUAACCAGGACCAAUAAAAUAGAAAAUACUGGGAGAACUUCUGGGAUGGGGGAUGAUGAUGAAGAUGAAUUCUGGUUAAGUGAUAAAGAAUCUACGAAUAAAGAUGUGGCUUUAGAGAAAGCUGAACUAUUUAUAUGUGGACAGAAUAGCAUGGUUUUAAUGCUUUUGAUGGAAGAUGGUACUGCUAAUAAUCCUGAAUUGAUACAUAAUCUUUGGAAGACUUGCAUGAACGUUCUUGGACGUCUAGAAUCACGUCUUCAGCAUUGUUUAGAUCCAUUACCCUCUAGUGAGCAUAAAGAAUUAUACAGCGUUCUCAAUAUUGAUCCACAGUGGGAUACUCUUCAUCGUUCAGGUCUUUGGGGUGUCACCGAUUUGGAAAUUGUAUCAACACUUCACAACCGCUUUACUAAAUGUAGCAACUUAACAGACAUUAUAGUGAGAACUGAAGAUACAGUUAUUUAUGGAAGUCAAUGUGGUAGAACUGAAGUUUUUUAUCAACAAGCCAUGGCUCCAAACGCUUCUGGCGGAUUACCAACUCCUGCAGAUCUCAUGGGCGUUGUUCCUCUCAAAGCAAAACGAAGACUCGAAAGAGAUCAUGGAAUAAUUAUUUUAUAAAAAGCCAAGGUUUAUUUAUGAUAAUUAAAUUGCUAUAGGAGUUUAUGUAUAAUUUUAUGGCAGCAGAUUUCAAUUGAAUAUUUCAAUGGAAUUUAUCAAACUUUUUUUAGCUUUAAAAAUAAUCAAAUCCGUCGAAAUUAUCUUUUAAAAUUAAUAUAUUGUUUACAAUUAAUCAAUUAGUUUCAAAGUGAAGUAUUAUGCGAAGAAACAUAAUUGGGAUUUUUGUGAUAAUUUGAUGCAAAUUAUUUGCUUAUUAUCUUCAAUACGAUGCCAACGAUUUAAAAAUACUUGCCUCGCCGUUUGCACUUUACUAUCAGGUCAAUUCCUGAACUAUUUUCUAUGGGUAUUUUUGUAAUAAGAAAUAUCAUGAUGCAAAAUUUUUUACUACGCUAUUUCUUAUGAAAUUAUUUAUCUAUCAAUGUGAGAAAGUAAGUGAGAAACGUGUGAUAUAUUAUCCUUAUAUUAUAGCUGUCAAUUUACUGUGACAUAGUAAAUAAUUUUUAUUCAUUAAUAUUUAAUAAAUACUGUAAAGUAUUUCUUUAUUAGAUGAUAGUUAUAUUGGCAAAAAUUGUUCCUGAUAUAAUUGUAAAUUCUUUCGGUUAUAAUUUAAAUAUUUUACUAAUCCGUCGCUAUUAAAAAGCUUUACUGUCCAUUUCGAAGCCAUUCCAUUUGCUUACUCGAUAAUGAUAAUAAUAAUUAUCAGCAAAAUAAUACUAGUAAUAAUUAUCGAUUUUUAGAAAAAUUUAUAUAUAUUAUAUGUGCAUAGAAAAUUAUGUGAAAUUAUUAUUUAUAGAAUAUAUUAUGAAAAAAUUGUUAUAUUGUUAGCAAACGUAUACUUUACGUACUAACGUAGAUAGAUUUUUUUAAAGAAGAUACUUCAACCGUUAAACGACAAAAUUCCAGUGUGAUUUAAAAGAAUUUGAAUUAUUUGACGAUUAUUGUCAGACUGAUCCAGUAUUGUCCACAUAGUGGAGCUUGACAAACUGAUAAUGUUAGUGCAAAAAAAUAUAAAUAAUAAAUAAAAAUUACUCAAUUUUAAUGUAAGAAUUAUUCUUUUGUGUAAUUAUUAUCAUAAAAUGAAAAUGUUUAGAUAUA